AAAGGGUAAGGGAGGUAGGAGCCAACGUUGCCCGCAAGUCUCUACGCGGAACACGCAUAAAAACAAAACAACACAAAUCAAAACCCGCGUUUCUUCUUCUUCUUCGCGUUCCUUUCUCCCUUUCGCUUUCUAGUUACUUGUGUCCAUUUUCUUCUGUUUAGACUCCCACUUGACACACCAAACUCUACGUUUUCCUUUCCUUUUCCACGAUCCAAAUUCAUUUCUUUUGUCUUAGAGAACUUCAUUUAUUUGAUUAGUUAAUAUCCACUAGAACUAGCAACUACGGAAAAUAAAUGUUACCUUUAUAGUUAAUUAAGUUAUGGGGAAUUGUUUAGGUUCUUCAGCUAGAGUAGAUUUCACCCAGAGCCAGAGCGUACAGCCUAUUUCUGCCUUCUGUUGUCAGCAUUAGAUGAGAAGCUGGAACUUACAUUUCUCUUCUGGAAUCAGGAGCCUCAAGAAUUUCCAGUAAAUCAAGCCAUUCUUCUACUCCUUCCACUCUAACCAUCCCAUCUUGCAGUGAAAAAAGUCAUUUUGAAAGUCUUCCUACACCAGGGUCUGAGGGUGAAAUAUUGUCUUCUCCAAAUUUGAAAGCCUUUACAUUCAGUGAGCUCAAGAAUGCUACUAGAAACUUUCGUCCUGAUAGUCUUCUUGGUGAAGGUGGAUUUGGUUAUGUUUUUAAAGGAUGGAUAGAUGAGCACACACUUGCACCUGCUAAGCCUGGAUCAGGAAUGGUUGUUGCUGUCAAGAAGCUUAAACCAGAAGGUUUCCAAGGCCACAAGGAGUGGUUGACAGAAGUUAAGUACCUUGGACAGCUUCAUCAUCCAAAUCUGGUUAAAUUAAUUGGAUAUUGCUUGGAGGGUGAGAAUCGGCUUUUGGUCUAUGAGUUCAUGCCCAAAGGGAGCCUAGAAAAUCAUUUGUUCAGAAGAGGACCCCAACCACUUUCUUGGGCAGUAAGGAUAAAAGUGGCCAUAGCAGCUGCCAGAGGGCUCUCUUUUCUUCAUGAUGCAAAAUCACAAGUUAUAUAUCGUGAUUUUAAGGCUUCUAAUAUUCUACUUGAUGCGGAUUUCAAUGCAAAACUGUCUGACUUUGGUUUGGCCAAGGCAGGUCCCACUGGUGAUAGAACUCAUGUUUCCACACAAGUUAUGGGUACUCAUGGUUAUGCAGCACCAGAGUACGUUGCUACAGGCCGGCUUACAGCCAAAAGUGAUGUGUAUAGCUUUGGAGUUGUAUUGCUUGAACUAUUAUCAGGACGAUGUGCUGUUGACAAAACAAAAGUUGGUGUUGAGCAGAAUCUGGUAGACUGGGCGAGACCGUAUUUGUCUGACAAGCGAAAAAUAUUUCGGAUUAUGGACACUAAGCUAGGGGGCCAGUACCCACAGAAAGGAGCCUAUACAGCUGCUGCUCUUACUGUACGGUGCCUAAAUACUGAAGCUAAACUAAGGCCUCGUAUGUCUGAGGUUUUAGCAGCACUGGAGCGACUUGAAGCCCCCAGGAAUGCGAAGAAGCUCUCUCAGUCUGAACAGCAGAGGGUCCCAGUUCCAGUCCACAGGUCUCCCAUGAGACAACAACGAACUCCACUUCGUAUGACUGCUAGUGCUUCUCCAUUACCAAAUAUCUGGCAAUCUCCACAACUACGCUGAACCAAGGAGCAUUUUAUUAGUAAAUUUCUUGUAUGCUUCCAUGUCUGUUAAUAUUGAUGUAAUACUAGUGUAUGUUAUGAUGCUAAAUUUAGAAUGAAUUGUACCGAGCAAAAAAUAAAAAUCUGAUGAAUUGUACCAA